GUGCCGUCUCCUUCCUUUCUCUGUUUUCUUCUUAUCACAUUGCUGUCGAUUUUGUUUAUAUGCAUCCAUAACUGAGAUCGCCAUUUUCCUUUUCUGGUUUGAGCUUUUCAACAUAUUUCAGAUGAUUUCCGAAAAUAUUAGGCAGACAUUCAAGUUUCAGAAACAAAAAGAACCCUAGAAAUUCAAUGUUCAGGUAAUCUUUACAUCUGUUUGAGGCAUCAAAGUAAGAUGUUGCAGGAGAACAUGGCAGGCCAGAUCGUUGAUGAGAAAAAUGAUAGCCAGAAUGAGGCUCUAAACCUGGACAGAGCAACUACGAAGGAUCCUAUACUUCCUCCACAAGAGCUUGAGCAUGGUAGCAAAACUGCAAGUAGCCACCAAAGUACAAAAGACCCACUUAGUCUUAGAUCACACUAUCUUGUUUUCAAGGAUUCAAUCAUGGAAGGAGAAAUAGCAAGAUCAGAGACUCGUGAGUUCAAUUCCCUGAUUAGCCAAGUCGAGAGCCUGCAUCAACUAGUUCAGAAACCUAGCGAGCAAGUUGCUGAUGCAGAGGCCCUUCUCGACAUUGCAAAUUCCUUGUUUUCAUCUCUCAAAUCCUCUCAGAACCCCAUGGGUGUUCUUCUAUCAGAUUUUAUUUUGUGUCUCAUAGAGCAGUAUGAAGAAAAAAGGGGUCCCACAAACAGCAAAGAUUUAUCCUGGAUGAGCAUGGGCCUCAAUGCAUCUCAUAUCUUUAUAAAAGCACAGGGAAUGUGCACUAUGAUUGGACCAAUGGACACAAAACCAACUCAAAGAAAGGCUUUUACUCGAAGGAAACGUGCAAAGCCUGCAGAUGUCUAUCAUCCCGAAGAGGUGGAAGAUACUGCCUGCAAUAACAAAAUAGAAACCGACCAGAAUGUGCUGACAAUGUUCAACAUACUGAAAAGGCAGAAGUGCAUCCAAUUGGACAAGCUUGUUCUAAACAGAGUAUCAUUUUCACAAACAGUAGAGAAUAUUUUUGCUCUUUCAUUCCUUGUCAAAGACGGACGAGCUGAAAUAGUUAUCAAUGACCAUGGGACACAUCUUGUCUUUCCAAGAAAUGCUCCUACUGCAUCAGCCAUUGCAAGUGGGGAGGUCUCUUACCAUCAUUUCAUCUUCAGGUUUGAUUACAAGGAUUGGAAGGUAGGCCCAAAAACGUUCGCCAUAUUACUUGUGAACUCACAUAGAGAGCCUUGCACCUCUAAAUCAGCUUAACCACCUGUCACAGAUGCAACUAGAAUACUAUCGAUUUCUGUACUGUAAAAAUACCCUGCUUUUGUGGAAUUCUAUGAUCCGGUCCUUAUUUCACUUGUAACGGUUCUUCCGUUGCGUUUUAGUGGGUCACCUAACUGUAGUUUCGAGGAAGCAUACCUAGAGUUUUGGGUUGUGGAAAAUGGAACCCACAUUAAGUGGGCUAGCAUUUUCCACCUUUUUUCUUCCCAAAAUUAGUGAUUAAGAUUAAAAUGUUCCUUUUUAUUUCCUUGUUGGCCUUGAGGGCUCUGACUCUGGACAUUAAAUGUACCCUUGCUCUUCAUUGUGAUCUCAAUGUUUUGCAGUUGAUGAUCUAUAGUGUGGAGAAGGGAGAGGAGGUGAUGCCACACAGGACUAGUUGAGAAAGCAGCUGCUGACCCACAAGCAGUAGCAAAGGCCCCUAUCAAGAAAUUCUCGAGAAGCCUGGGGCUGGUGACAAGAUGAGGACGUUUGAAGCAGAUUGGAAGAUGGUGGUUUCGCUGAAAGGGAGAUCAUGAUGGUUAUGGGUUCUCAUUCAUCCAUUACAGUCUUGUCCAUGCUCCCAUCAUCUAUCAGUUCUUGCAUCAUUUGGUUAAAACCCUUACUGCAAUUGAUCUUUCACACGAUGUCCUUGCACGUAGAUUCGAACUGAUACUGAUGAGCUUUUAACAAUUCUGCUGUUCUUUGAGUGCACAGAACAUAAUAAUACUUCCACAUAGGAUCUGAUCAA